GAAUCGUGCAUCUCAUAUACCUACUAUCAUUCGAAUAGACUUAACGACUUGAUCGCCGACGGUCAAUGAGUCUAAACCUUUUGUGCUUGAAUAGAAACUAACACGCUCGUUUUUCGCCGAUAUUUAAUCAUGCCUUUAAUAAACGAUGGAUCUGGGAUCGUUCUCAAAGAAUCCCUAAAAAUUAAAGAAAAAUCUACUGUGCCAAUUACGGCAGACGAAGAGUACGCAAAAAAUCCAGAAAUAUCUAAAGAAAAUAUAGAAGAUUUAAGAAAAUGGAUAGGAACUCAACCACAUUUACCACAAAACAUUCCAGAGGAAAUGCUGAUACUUUUUUACCAUAGCUGCUUUUUUAAUAUGGAACAAACCAAAACUUGCAUAGAAGUUUACUACACACUCAAAACAGAAACUCCAGAAUUUUUCGAGAAUCGUGACGUCUUUAGGCCAGAACUCGUCAAUGCCCUCAAUGUUUUAGAUUAUGGUUGUUUGCCUAUCCGUAACCCAAAUGACUACCAAAUCAUCUACCACAAAUUACGGAUUUUCGAGGCCAAUAAAUAUGUGUUUAACGACGGUGUAAAGCUGUUGAUUAUGGCAAUGGAUGCAUGUUUCAAGGUGGACGGUACUUGUCCUGGCUAUAUAUUCUUAUUUGACAUGCGCGGCGUCCGAUUGGGCCAUCUUACCAGACUGAGCAUAUCUUCACUCCGAAAAUUCUUCACGUUUAUACAAGAAGGAUUACCCGUUCGUCUGAAGGGUAUACAUGUCCUGAACACGCAGUCAAUUGUUGACAAAAUUAUGAUGCUGCUGAAACCUUUCAUGAAAAAAGAGCUGCUGAGUAUGGUGCACUUCUACACGGAAAGAGACGUGGAAAAAAUUUACGGAGUGGUGCCGAAAGAGUGUCUGCUCGAAGACUACGGCGGCCUGGCGCAAUCCAUCGAGAAAACGCACGCUCACUUCAUCGAAUGGAUGAAAUUAAUGAAGCCGUUAUUCGAACACGAUUAUCAAUACAAAGCCGACGAAUCAAAGAGGCCGAAAAAGAGUAAGAAGUCCUUAUCGACUUCAUUUAAAUCGUUGGAAAUCGACUGAUGUGAUAAAACUCGACUACAAAUUACAACGUUUAACAAUAAUCGAAAGACGAAAAGAACCACAAUCUCUAACGAUAUAUUCACGGGUCGGGUAAAAAUAAGAUUAUCUAUAAAUAUACGUAUUUAACUUAUUUCGUUAGAAAAAAACUUAUAACUAUGAUUUUGUGGUAAAAUGUAAUAUUUUUAUUUUUAUUUCUUUUAUUAUUAUAAACAUUUAAGACAUGACGUGAAACUAUUUUAUGAUCGCAACACUGUACAUACAACUGCACAAGUAGUUAUACAUAGAUAUAGGUAUUUAGGUAACACGCUAUAUGAUAUUACAUUGUGGCGUUAUGUGUUGUAUAUAUUAUAUAUAAAAAUAAAUAUGUUUAUUAUUAAAGAACAA